GACUCCAUCAAUGAAAUGGAUGAGUUUUUCAACCCCAUUCACACCUACCAAGUAUGCAACGUCAUGACCCCUAACCAGAACAACUGGCUGCGGACUAGCUGGGUGCAGCGGCAUGGGGCCCACCGGGUUUACGCAGAGAUCCGUUUCACUCUGCGGGACUGCAACAGCAUGCCAGGGGUCCUGGGCACAUGCAAAGAAACCUUUAACCUCUACUACCUCCAGUCCGACCGCGACUUGGGCAGCACCACCCGGGAGAGCCAGUUUGUGAAGAUCGACACCAUUGCAGCUGACGAGAGCUUCACCAACGUGGACCUGGGGGUCCGGCGGCUCAAGCUCAACACGGAGGUGCGUGGUGUGGGGCCGCUGAGCAAGCGAGGCUUCUACCUGGCCUUCCAGGACAUUGGGGCCUGCAUCGCCAUUGUCUCCAUCCGCGUCUACUACAAGAAGUGCCCAGGCAUGGUGAGGAACUUAGCGUCUUUCUCUGAGGCGGUAACUGGAGCAGACUCCUCGUCCCUUGUGGAGGUGCGGGGCGAGUGUGUGGGGCAUUCGGAGGAAAGAGACACCCCCAAAAUGUACUGCAGUGCUGAGGGGGAAUGGCUGGUGCCCAUUGGGAAAUGUGUGUGCAGUGCUGGCUACGAAGAGCAGAGGGACUCGUGUCUAGCCUGUCCACUGGGUUUUUACAAGUCGUCCCCUGGGGAUCAGCUGUGUGCCAAAUGCCCUUCCCACAGCUAUUCUGAGACCAAGGCUGCGCAGGUGUGUCACUGUGAGGGAAGCUUUUACCGAGCAGCACAGGACCCUCCUUCAGCAGCAUGCACACGCCCCCCAUCUGCUCCCAUGAACUUGCUCUCCAGUGUGAAUGGCACUUCGGUCAGCCUGGAAUGGGCCCCACCCCAGGACCGAGGAGGCCGCAGCGAUGUCAUAUACAAUGUGGCCUGUCGCCGCUGUGUGUGGGACUCAGGGCAGUGCGAGCCCUGUGGUGCCGGGAUCCGCUUCGUGCCCCAGCAGAUGAACUUAGCCCAGGGCUCCCUGGCUGUUGGCAACCUCUUGGCCCACACCAACUACUCCUUCUGGGUGGAGGCCAUCAACGGGGUCUCCGAACUAAGCCUCGAGCCACCGAGAUUUGCUGCUGUCAACAUCACCACAAACCAGGCAGCUCCUUCCCAAGUGCUGGCAAUUCACCAGGAGAACGUGGGUCAAAACAGCGUCACACUCCUCUGGCAGGAGCCAGACCAACCUAAUGGCAUCAUUCUGGAAUAUGAAAUCAAGUACUAUGAGAAGGACAAAGAGAUGCAGAGCUACUCCACCCUGAAGUCCAAAGGCAACAGCAGCACCGUCUCAGGCCUGAAGCCCGCCACUCGCUACGUCUUCCAGGUCCGAGCUCGCACCUCUGCUGGCUGUGGCAGAUUCAGCUUAGCAGUGGAGGUGGAGACCGCCAAAGCAAUUCCCCAUUAUGACACCACAACGGUUGUAUGGAUCUGCCUGACGCUCAUCAGUGGCCUCGUUGCCCUGCUCUUGUUUCUGAUCUGCAAGAAGAGACACUGUGGCUACAGCAAGGCCUUCCAGGACUCAGACGAGGAGAAAAUGCAUUAUCAGAAUGGGCAGGGUAAGUGCAGAACCGCCUUUUAUCCGGUGGCCUACUGUCCAUCACCAUUUCCUGAGUCAAAGUUCUACGUGGAGCCGCACACGUAUGAGGACCCCUGCCAAGCUGUGCAUGAGUUCACGCGAGAAAUUGAAGCCUCCAGGAUUAAAAUCGAGAGAGUCAUUGGUUCUGGAGAGUCCGGAGAGGUCUGCUACGGCCGCCUGAAAUUGCCCGGGAAGAGGGAGGUGCCAGUGGCGGUCAAGGCUCUGAAGGCUGGUUACACGGAGAAGCAGCGGCGGGACUUCCUGAGCGAAGCCAGCAUCAUGGCCCAGUUCGACCACCCCAACGUCAUCCACCUGGAGGGGGUGGUCACCAAAAGCAAAUUAGUCAUGAUUGUGACCGAGUACAUGGAAAACGGCUCGCUGGAUUCCUUCCUCCGGAAACACGACGGGCAAUUUACAGUACUUCAGCUGGUUGUCAUGUUGAGGGGCAUCAGUGCUGGCAUGCGCUACCUCGCAGACCUGGGCUACGUGCACCGUGACUUAGCGGCCCGUAACAUCCUGGUCAAUGGCAACUUGGUCUGCAAAGUCUCCGACUUCGGCUUGUCGCGAAUCCUGGAGAACAAUCCGGAUGCUGCUUAUACUACCACGGGCGGGAAGAUCCCCGUUCGGUGGACAGCGCCUGAGGCCAUCACGUACCGAAAGUUCUCCUCAGCCAGUGAUGUGUGGAGCUACGGCAUCGUCAUGUGGGAAGUGCUAGCCUAUGGGGAGCGGCCUUAUUGGAACAUGACCAACCGGGAUGUCAUUCAGUCUGUAGAGGAGGGUUAUCGGCUGCCUGCCCCUAUGGGCUGCCCUACAGCCUUGCAUCAGCUCAUGCUGGAUUGCUGGCAGAAGGACCGCAAUGAGAGGCCACGCUUCUCCCAGAUCGUUGGCAUCCUGGACAAGCUGAUACGCAACCCACAGAGCCUGAAGUGUACGGCCACGGUCAACCGCAUGCAGGGGCCCAGUUGGGCAAAGAGCAUCGAUCUUCGAGGCUGCAUUGAUUUCACCAGCUGCGCUACUGUGGAAGAGUGGCUGGACUCCAUUCGGCUGGGCCGAUACCGAGAGAACUUUGCUCUGGCUGGCUACUCAUCCCUCGGCAUGGUGAUGCGGAUGAAUAUUGAGGAUGUGCAGAGCUUGGGAAUCAGCUUGACUGGACACCAGAGGAAGAUUCUGACCAGCAUCCAGAUCAUGCGGUCUCAGCUACUCAACACCAUGGGCUCCAGAAGACACCUGUGA